AUAGUUAUAAACUCUGCCUAAUCCAUAGUAUCUGUUCUGUGUACAGGUUUUUUAAACGAUACAUUUUGAUUACAAAAUAAAAAAGCUCAACAAUAUACUGUUAUAAUAAUAAUCUCGUGAGUUCAGUGGUCGACCUUGUCCAAGGAUUAUUUUAUACCGAUGUGUUCAAUAAAUUCAUUUUUGUGUCUAAUUUUGUGAAAUCUAGACGCGGCCAAACAAACAUGGCCGAGUUAUUGUUUGUGUUGCUUGUGGUGUGUUUGCAAAGUUCUUUAGCCGAGCCAGAAAAAUGCGUAAUAAGAGGUGUGGAGGGGGAGUGCGUGCCACUGCCCGCGUGCGAGCAAUACGUGGCCCUGCUGAAGAACACCUCCUCCACGGCGGAGGGUCUGCAGCUCACCGCGGAGAGGCGGUGCGGCUUGGACGUGAGGAAUGCUAAGGUCUGCUGCCCUGUGGUCCAAACACAAUUGUUAAGUUUCAAACAAAUCGAGGAAGACCAGGACCUAUAUGUCGACUCCUUCCCCGGUCACGACACCUGUGGGAGGACUGAUGAAGACCGUAUUUUGAGUAAAAUCAGUGAACUGACAGAAGAAGUAAUAUCAAACGGUAUACCAGUAAUCUUGCGAGAUAUGGCUCGAUACAUGGCGCUGCUGGGCUACAAAGUGAACUCCGACGUGCUGUGGCAGUGCGGAGGAUCGGUCAUCACGGAGAAGCACGUCCUCACGGCUGCACACUGCAUCUCCGCUUCUCUGCAUGUGGUACGGGUUGGUGAGCUCGAUUUAGCUUUCGAUGAGAAAGACGCGCAGCCCAUAGACUUCUACAUCAAGAAGAAAAUACCCCAUGAGCUGUAUUCUAAAUUCCAAAAUGACAUAGCCAUAGUUGUGUUGGAUGGAAGCAUUAACUUUAAGGAAGAACAUCAUGUUGGUCCCAUAUGCUUGCCGUUUGACACUAAAAAGAAGGUGUUGCCAGAAUAUGAUUUUUAUAAUUAUAAGGGUACAUUUGUGGCUGGUUGGGGCGAAGCACCAGAAAAACGUGAAAGGCCUACAUACUUGGCAUAUGCACAUGUAAUUAUCGAUUCUACUGACAAAUGCAAGGGACUGUACGAGAGCUCAAAAAGAAUGAUAGACGACCGUGUCUUCUGCGCUGGUGACACUGCAUUGGGACACGACUCGUGUAACGGGGACAGCGGAGGGCCGCUGGUUGCUGAAUAUUGGGUACAAGAUUUCAACCGCACGUUCUACUACCAGCUCGGGGUCAUCUCCUACGGGUACAAAUGUGGCGAGGGACCCUUCAUUGGUGUGCUCACCAAUGUCACCCACUUCAUGCCCUGGAUACGCCAGAAAGUGCUAGGGGAGAACCUGUAGUACCUAAAUCGCUGUCGAACUACCGAUCCGACAUUCGAGGAACACCAGUUCGAUCCUCGGAUUAACGGAAAUUAUUAAUACCUUUUAUGAUAAAAAACUAAAACAGGAUGUGUUUACUUAAUUUUGUACCUUAUACACCACCACUUUUCAUUCACCGAAAAAAUUUACUAAUGGUUCAUCCGACCCUGGAGGCUCCGUAUUAUUGAUCUGGCUGACUGAUACGGUGGUAGCUACACCCCUGGAUGAUAUGCAGCUUCCCUGUAGUGGGUUAAAAAGUUUGUAAUUAAUAUAGUUAAUAAAUAUCUAACCUUACGGUCUCCGGGAUUUCUGAUUACUACCACAUUGUAUUAUUAUUAGGAAGCGGUGGCCACAGCUAGGAGUACCUAAAUAGAUUCUAAUGUCAUUUAAAAUUCGGGGCAAACUAUCUUUUUUCCCUGGGAGAGAAAUAUCUAUUUCGUGACAGCAGGAUUGACAACAAAACA